AUGAUGAUGUUUAAGGAUGAAAUACCCGAACCUCACACGUCUCCCAGAAUCGGAGCCCUGCGGCGGCCGAGCCUAGCUCUCCUCUUCCCGACGUCUGUCUGGCACCGGGCAGCUGCAGCCUCCAUCGCAGCCGCGGCGGCCUCCAGUUUCGCGUACCCGGGGACCUCUGAGCGCACGGGCUCCGCCUCGUCGUCGUCGUCUUCGGCCGUGGUCGCCGCGCGCCCCGAGGCUCCCCCCACCAAAGAGUGCCCUGCGCCCGCGGCAGCCGCUGCUGCAGCGCCUCCGGGCGCGCCGGCGCUGGGCUACGGCUACCACUUCGGCAACGGCUACUAUAGCUGCCGCAUGUCGCACGGCGUGGGCUUGCAGCAGAAUGCGCUGAAGUCGUCGCCGCAUGCCUCGCUGGGAGGCUUCCCCGUGGAGAAGUACAUGGACGUGUCCGGGCUGGCGAGCAGCAGUGUACCGACCAACGAGGUCCCUGCGCGAGCCAAGGAGGUGUCCUUCUACCAGGGCUACACAAGCCCCUACCAGCACGUACCCGGGUACAUCGACAUGGUGUCCACCUUCGGCUCUGGGGAGCCUCGACACGAAGCCUACAUCUCCAUGGAGGGCUACCAGUCCUGGACGCUGGCCAACGGGUGGAAUAGCCAGGUGUACUGUGCCAAGGACCAGCCGCAAGGGUCCCACUUUUGGAAAUCAUCCUUUCCAGGGGAUGUGGCUUUAAAUCAGCCAGACAUGUGUGUCUACCGACGGGGAAGGAAAAAAAGGGUGCCUUACACCAAACUGCAGCUCAAAGAACUGGAGAACGAGUAUGCCAUUAACAAGUUCAUUAACAAGGACAAGCGGCGGCGGAUUUCAGCUGCCACGAACCUAUCUGAGAGACAAGUGACCAUUUGGUUUCAGAACCGAAGAGUGAAGGAUAAGAAAAUCGUCUCCAAGCUGAAAGAUACUGUCUCCUGA